AAUUGUUUUUACCAUUUGCAGGCAGAGAGAGAGCGUCAGUACGAGCUCCCCCCAAACGCUCACUUGCCUCCAAACGCUCACCUGCCUCCAAACGCUCACCUGCCUCCAAACGCCCACCAACCCCUGAUGGAACAGAUUUUCUCUCCGCACCCGUUCAGUCCGUCCAUCAAGGCCCAUGUGAAAGGCAGUCACCUGUACACUGACCUGAGACUGACCUCACUGUCAGACGCCAAGCGUGGGCAGCCGUCCUGGACCAUCGAGGAGUACAAACGCAACUCAGGAGAGAAGGGGAAGCAGUUCACGGCUCUGGAGCUACAGACACAGGAAUCCCUGAACCCCAACAACCUGGAGUACUGGAUGGAGGACAUCUACACACCGGGCUACGACUCGCUGCUCAAGAAGAAGGAGGCGGCGUUCAGGAGGGCGAAGGUGUGUAAGAUCGGGGCACUGAUCGCAGCAGCGACCUGCACCGUGAUCCUGGUCAUCGUCGUUCCAAUUUGCACCAUGAAAUCAUGAGACUGACGGACGUGGACGUGGACGUGGACGACACACACUCUUUAACUCGCGUCCUGUUGUCUUUGUGGACGAGGUGAGUGUGCGGCAGUUUCACAGACGAUGACAACGUUUUGGGACGUUUUGGUGUUUUCUUUUUUGCUUUUACUGCGGUAUUAACUUCUGGUGAUCUUUCUUGCCAAUAUAAAAACAGUUAGGACAGCUAUUGUACAAUAGAAAUGAAUUCAAUAAUAUAUACUGUAUAUACGUUGUAGUCUGUUGUAUUGUCAUAAACGGUGUGGGACAGUCAGUCUGUCGUGUCAUGACGACGGCGCCGGAAUAAAAACUGGAUUUGUUGAUGUAGCCAACGUACGAUAUUUUUAUUUUUUAUUAUAAUUAGUGUACAGUGUAUUUUGAUCAAAGUUAUUUUUUGAUGAAUUAUCCGGUUGAAUGUGGGGGAUUUUAUCUUUACCAAUAAUUGUCAGCAUUUUAAGUAACAGUUGUUUUUUUUUCUCCUGAGUGGAAACACAGUGUAUUGAAGUAGAGAUAUGACAGUCACAUGACUACACAGCCAAACUGAAUGUAUUAAUAAUGUUAGCCUUCUCAUGUAGAACGGUAGGACGUGAGAAGUCACCUGAAUGUCGCCGCUUUGUCUUCUCUGAAUAAUAACAGCCAACAGCACACAAUGUACUUUACUGAGAACUGGUGUUAGCGCGCCGCCGUUGUCCAGUACCGAAAAAUAAAGAUUAAUAUAUGGACAAACGUGCUGCUAUCAAUACUUAUGUUACGUUUACUGUAGCUUUGGAAGCCAUUUCUGAUCCACAACAGUCCUGCACUGACGUUUACGCUCCUGAAAAGCUCGGACGAUUAGCAUUUAGCUUUGUAUUACUAGACUAGGGGAAGCAUUUUUGAGAAAUGAUGCUUCCUAACCUCAGUUUCCCCUGAGUUGAAAAAUAUCUUCAUUCUUUUCUU